AUGACAGGCAUUGGAUAUAGCAUCCCUGAUGAUCUGACGACGGAGAUCCUCCUGAGGUUGCUGUCGAAAUCACUCUUCAGAUUCAGAUGUGUGUCGAAGACAUGGUGCUCCCUCAUCCGUCGCCGACAAUUCGUGGAGGCUUACAUGUCUAUGUCUCUGUCUCGACCUCCUCGUCUCCUCCUCAGUCUCAAUCCUGGUGGUGACAACCGCCUUAUGUUCUUCUCCUCCUCAUCAUCUGAUCAAAGUUUUAAUCUUUCAACAAUGGUAGCCACGAAAAACAACACCUUAACGAUGUCGAAAGUGGGAUCUAAAGAUUUCAUCGUACAGAGCAAUUCCGUACGUGGAUUCGUCUGCUGCUCCCUCUCUCGUCGUUACGUGGCAUGUAAUCCAAACACAAGACAAGUCAUACCCAUUCCCGAAGACUACAAUCCUCUUGGUUACACAAUACCACUUUACAUAUACUUGGGAUACGACCAUAUCAAUGAUCAAUACAAGGUAUUGCGCGUCAAGAUGAGGACUUGCUCUACUUUACCUAUUUUACACAGUGUAUGGACACUGGGAGGUUCCUCUUCCUCUUCCUCAUGGAGGCGCAUCAAAAGUAGUAUCCUUUAUUACUGUUGUGAAUAUAAUGGGGUAUGCAUUGACGGGGUUGUUUAUUACGAAGUUAGCUUGGAACCAUAUGGUAACUAUAUGGCAGUGAGUAGCUUUGAUGUUGCUUCCGAGCAGAUUCGUCUCAUUAAAACACCUGAAAAAAUGGUAGCAGCUCACCUGACGAACUACCUAGGAAAGUUAGCUGCUUAUGAUUUAUCUGAUGAUGAUGAUCGGCUUAUUUUGUGGGUUCUUGAUGAUGUUAAGAAUCAAGUUUGGUCGAAACGGGCAUGCAUCUUUUCUUCUAUUACCCAUUCCUUGCUUUUGGAUAUAGGCAUGUAUUUUGCUGGGAUAACUGCUGCUGGAGAGGUCGUCUAUGUUCCCUGGACAUCUUAUUCUUGUGAUCCUUUAGAGCUUUUCUUCUACCAUGUAGAGAGCAAGGUGGAAAGAAGAGUUCGAAUUGAAGGACUCGCAGCAGGUGAUGAGGUUACUUGCUUUGCCUCCCUCUCAUGCAGCUUUGUCGACAAUAUUAUCUAUCUGUAG